CCUUCGUACCUACACACUCCCACACCAAAAGUCCCGCAAACUCCGCGCCAUUCAAUCACCCGCUGAGCUCCCUCAGUAUUCUUACCCACUCACCACUUCCCUGAGGCAUGGCCGCAAAUUAUUACGGCAACAACAGCGGCAUGAACAGCUCGAGAUCUUCAACCGACAAUUCGGCGGUGGUGGGAAUCGAUCCCAUCGCAGUCGAUCCUAGGCUGGCCGAUGCCGACGACGAACGAGCCCUUGAUUACCUCAUGGAUGGUGAUACCUUUUCGGUAACCUCGUCGAUCUACGAUUACCGCUACGAGAACGGACGGACGUACCAUCGGUACAGGGACGGAGCUUACUUAAUGCCCAACGACGAGAUAGAAAAAGACAGGUUGGACAUUGUUCACCACAUGUACCUGGUCUUCCUUGGAGGACGGCUCACCCUUGCUCCGAUCGACAACCCGGCACGAGUGCUGGAUGUAGGCACCGGUACUGGGAUAUGGGCUAUCGCGCUGGCCGACCAGCUCCCCAAGACCUCACAGAUCAUCGGCACGGAUCUGUCGCCUAUCCAGCCCGAAUGGGUUCCACCGAACUGCCAGUUCGAAAUCGAUGACGCCGAGAGCGAAUGGACAUUUCCCCCCAAUCACUUCGACUUCAUCCACUCCCGCCAUCUCAACCUCUCGAUGCGCGACUGGAAAUCCUACAUCGAGCGUCUAUACCACCACACGACACCCGGCGGCUACAUUGAGAUAGUCGAGCACAACAUAUCCGCGCACAGCGACGACGGCACAUACAUACCCGGGGGUCCGGUGCACGUCUACAUGGAGAAGGUCGGCGCCUGCGCUGUGCAGUCGGGCUUACUCAUCCAUCCGGCGCCGGCGCUGAAACGAAUGUGCCGCGAAGCUGGGUUCGUAGAUAUACAGCACACGGUCAAGAAGCUUCCGUGGGGUCCAUGGGCGGAGGACGAAACUCUCAAGGAGUUGGGACGAUGGGCAAGACUGGUGCUGAUGACGGGCCUCGAGGCGUAUGGUAUGGCGCUGAUGACGCGAGUUGGUGGCUACACGAGUGAGCAGGCGGCGGCCGUGUGCGAUGGCGCGCUCAGUACGCUCAGCGAUCGUAGUGCGCAUAUCUACAACUACCACCACUUCAUCGUGGCACGGAAACCAAACGUCGGAGAGGUAGUGCCUCCUCCUGGUCGACCUUCGGGGCCGAGGUCAUAGCGAUUGAGGGAGAGUGAACCGAUGAUUUUUAUCCACGACGAUUCAGGCGGGACGACAAAGGAGAAUGUUGUGGGGAGGCAACUGCAAUGCGGAAUGCAAUUCGACAGUGGCGGUGGUUCAGGGAGACUCGCAGGCAAAUGUUGGACAUGAUAUCAUGGGCAUUUAGGAUCGUAGGAUAAAUACAUGACCACUACCAUUCAA